AUGGGGCAGAGCUGUGGUUCGGAGAAAGAGGAGGCCAUGACUUGGGAAUCUGCUGUUGAGUGCAAGUUUCUAAAGCCUGUCCAAGUCAAUACACUGGGCGGUCAGAUGGCUGAGUACCAGCAAGAUGGGUACUUCUAUGGAAUCCUGCACCUGAGAGCGCACAUCAGCGUUCCUCCUAAAGCAUCCAAGCCCCUAAGCCGUUUGUCUGUAACAGGCUGGGUCCAGCAAGAACAAAGAAACCACACCACAGAACCUGUAGUAGAUGACUAUAAAAAGAUGGGGACUCUCUUUGGCGAACUGAACAAAAGCCUUAUCAGAAUAGGCUUCACAAGGAUGUACUUUGGAGAGCGGAUAGUAGAACCUGUAAUAAUUAUAUUCUUCUGGGUUAUGCUCUGGUUUCUUGGCCUACAAGCUCUUGGACUGGUUGCUGUUCUGUGCCUUGUCAUUAUUUAUGUACAACAGUAGAAUUUUAUAGAUGCUGUUCAGAUGAUGUGUUUCAACACUGUCACCGUGUCAGUGGAUUUAUGUGUUUAAGUAAAUGGGUGGCAUAUCAAACGCUGCAAUGCUUCAAAUUACAUUUUGCUGAACUUCCAACAUUUUGGGGUGAGGGGACAAAAAUUAUACAUUUUAAGCAAAGUCAGCAGUGCUCUACUACAUCUUUGAAGGGCAAAAAAGGAGAUGUUUGUAAUAUAAUAGUGACCAAUGUGCUGUUUUCUGCACUCUUGGGGCCUUAGUCCAAGGAUUGGCUUUUUGUUCCCUCACUCUCCCCCUAUGUUCUUGCUUUGUAUAGUGAAAAGUUUCUGUCUGGUUUUAAGAGGACACUUGAUGUGAGUGUCUUGUUUCAUUGCGGGGGGGAGGGGGGCCUGUGUGGUGUUUGUUCCCUGAAUCUGCAUAAUUUGCCUUUUUUU